GGGGCCCUGGGCCUCACCUGCGUAAGCAGUUUAGGGGGGGGGGUGCCAGAGUUUAUUUGAGUGUAGGGCGAGGCAGUGGCCGGGCCGGUAAUGAUUAACCCCAGGCUGAAUGAGAGGAUGAGGCCCCCCCAUCUACAGGGGGGCUGCAGGGCUCUGGCCCCCACCCCAUGCUCCCCACCAGCUCCCAGGGGCCAUGGCACGGCUGGGACCCCGCCUGCAUGAGGACCGUCCGAUGGCUGCCCCCUACCCAGCGCCCCUGCCUGAGGCCACGUCCCAUGGCACGGGGGACGCUGUGGCAGUGUCCCCUCCGUGGUCCCCAAGCUGGGAGAACGCGGAGCCACAAAGGGACCCCAGCACGGAAGGCACGGAGCUGCAGGAGGACCCCAGCACAGGACGGAGGGUGUCCCAGGGGUCCCGGUGGUGAGAUGGCACCCUCGUGCCCUGCGUCAAGCAGGGUGGAGGGGCCCCCCCUUCACCACGUGCAGGUCGGGGCCGGUGGCGGGGUGGGGCCUCCCCACCUGCUCCAGGUGCUCUAUAAAGCUGCAGCCGCCGCCGAGCCUCCAGUUCCCAAUCGCGCAACGCCGCUGCCUAACGGGAGGAGCAGCUGCCGCUGAGCCCCCACAGGCACUGGGCCCCCCCCCCCCCCCGGACAAGCCCCAUGGAGUUCACCGCGCUUCUGCCGCUGCUGCUCGUGGUGCUGGGUGCAGGUACGCACGUCUCGAACACCACCACCACGGAGACCACCACCACCGAGACAACCACCACAGAGACCACCACCACCGAGACCACCACUGUGGAGACGACCACCACUGAGACAACGGUGAUGACGCCCGCUCUGAACAACGUGACCUCCCAGAACACCAGCGGCAAUGGGUCCCUUGGCCCUGUCCCCUCCCAUGUGACAGCGUUCCCAAAAACAGGCAACAGCUCUGCUGGCAAUGCCACAGCCAACAGCACCGUGGUGCCCGUCUCCAUUAUCCCUAUGUUCCCCCACUCCAACAUCAGUGCAAACGACAGCAAUGGGGUCCCCCCCUCCAAAACCAGCAGCACAGCCAACGGCAGCUCCCUGGUUCCCACCUCCCCCGUGGCUGGUGGCACCGUGAUCCCCACGUCCAACACCAACGCCACCGCGAACAGCAGCGCCGAGGUUGUCCCCACAAAGACAGCCUCUGUCACCUCUCAGGGCAGCACAGUGCACGGCAAGACCCCCACGGCCGUGCUCGGGAGCAGCGGGGGUCCCAACCCCAGCAAAGCCGCAGCUCUGCCUCCCACCGUGGUCCAGCUGCUCCUCCGCGUCCCGCUGUCCUUCCGCAUUCUGAACAGAAACUUCAGCCAGAGCCUGCUCGAUCCCACGUCGAAGGAGUACAGGAGCCUGAGCCGUGCUGUCUUGACCAUGUUUGAAGGUGUCUUUGGCUGCACGAGCUGCAUGGGCAGGCAGACCUACAAGGGAUGCAGUGAGCUCCGUUUCAGCAGCCAAGGGUCGGUGGCAGUGCAAUCCACCCUCGUGUUUGGGCACAGUAACGACUCCAUCACGAGUGACUCUGCCGAGAAGAAGCUGAGAAGUCAGCUGGACUCGAACGGGUACAUCAUGGAUCUGCAGCUGGCCGACAUCCAAAGCGGCGUGGAAGUGACGGCCCCGGUGGCGCAGCCUCAGGUUCCGGACUGGGCCAUUGCUCUGCUGGUCCUGGUCUGCGUCCUGCUGCUGCUGAGCAUCCUCAUCUGUGCUCUCCUGACCACCUGCUCUUGCCGCCGGAAGAGCCGAGGGAAGCUGGACCUGUUCAGCACGAAGGACUCCUACCACCCCAUGGCUGAGUACCCCCCGUACCAGAGCCACGGGCGCUACGUGUCCCCCAACAGCAAGCACAACCCCUACAGCCAGGUGGCAGGCACCAUCGCGGGGGGCGGCACCUUCACCUACACCAACCCGUCUGCCUCCUCCGACAACCUCUGAGGGAUGCGAGGGGACGGGACGGCCGCGACCCCCCCGCUCCUGGGGCGGCAGCACCGGCCCUGGGCACGUCCCCCGGCGCCGCUCAGCCCCUCACCACGGGCAGCGGGAGCCAGAAGGUUCUGGAGCAGCCAGAUUCGCGCGCAUGACAGAACUGGAAGAACAAAGACUUGGGGCACGAGUGCCCCCCACACACCCUUUUUUCCUCCCCCAUGGCCCCACUCCAAGCCCCCCAGCCUGCCUGUGCACCCCCCUGCUCCGUGCUGCGGGCAGGGGGCUGGGCUCGCAUCCUGCCUGCGCUCGCCCCCGGGACUCCAAUUGUUCUUUUUGUGGUGUCGUUUUAUAUAAUAUAUAUAUAUAUAUAUAUAUAUAUAUAUAGGGGAUGGCGGUGCCAGGCUCUGCAGCUGGGCUCCGCGGGGCUGCGGGGUCGCGGGGUCCUUGGCGGUGGUGUAUUUAUCGCAUUUCACAAUAAAAGGAUGGGCGCA